GUCAGAGGUCCUGAAAUAGUUACCAUGGGGGAAAAUGAUCCGCCUGCUGCUGAAGCCCCCUUCUCAUUCCGCUCGCUUUUUGGCCUUGAUGAUUUGAAAAUAAGUCCUGUUGCACCAGAUGCAGACGCCGUUGCUGCACAGAUCCUGUCACUGCUGCCAUUGAAGUUUUUUCCUAUCAUUGUCAUUGGGAUCAUUGCAUUGAUAUUAGCACUGGCCAUUGGUCUGGGCAUCCACUUCGACUGCUCGGGGAAGUACAGGUGUCGCUCAUCCUUUAAGUGUAUUGAGCUGACAGCUCGAUGUGAUGGAGUCUCAGAUUGCAAAGACGGGGAGGAUGAGUACCGCUGUGUCCGGGUGAGUGGUCAGAAUGCCGUGCUCCAGGUGUUCACAGCUGCUUCGUGGAAGACCAUGUGUUCCGAUGACUGGAAGGGUCACUAUGCAAAUGUUGCCUGUGCCCAGCUGGGUUUCCCAAGCUAUGUAAGUUCAGAUAACCUCAGAGUGAGCUCGCUGGAGGGGCAGUUCCGGGAGAAGUUUGUGUCCAUCAAUCACCUCUUGCCAGACGACAAGGUUACUGCGUUACACCACUCAGUAUAUGUGAGGGAGGGAUGUGCCUCUGGCCACGUGGUUACCUUGCAGUGCACAGCCUGUGGUCAUAGAAGGGGCUACAGCUCACGCAUCGUGGGUGGAAACAUGUCCUUGCUCUCGCAGUGGCCCUGGCAGGCCAGCCUUCAGUUCCAGGGCUACCAUCUGUGCGGGGGCUCUGUCAUCACGCCCCUGUGGAUCGUCACCGCUGCACACUGUGUUUACGACUUGUACCUCCCCAAGUCAUGGACCAUCCAGGUGGGUCUAGUUUCCCUGCUGGACAAUCCAGCCCCAUCCCACUUGGUGGAGAAGAUUGUCUACCACAGCAAGUACAAGCCAAAGAGGCUGGGCAAUGACAUCGCCCUCAUGAAGCUGGCUGGGCCGCUCACAUUCAAUGAGAUGAUCCAGCCUGUGUGCCUGCCCAAUUCUGAAGAGAACUUCCCCGAUGGAAAAGUGUGCUGGACGUCAGGAUGGGGGGCCACAGAGGAUGGAGCAGGUGACGCCUCCCCUGUCCUGAACCACGCGGCCGUCCCUUUGAUUUCCAACAAGAUCUGCAACCACAGGGACGUGUACGGUGGCAUCAUCUCCCCCUCCAUGCUCUGUGCGGGCUACCUGAAGGGCGGCGUGGACAGCUGCCAGGGGGACAGCGGGGGGCCCCUGGUGUGUCAAGAGAGGAGGCUGUGGAAGUUAGUGGGAGCGACCAGCUUUGGCAUCGGCUGCGCAGAGGCGAACAAGCCUGGGGUGUACACCCGUGUCACCUCCUUCCUGGACUGGAUCCACGAGCAGAUGGAGAGAGACCUACAAACCUGAAGAGGAAGGGGACAAGUAGCCACCU